AUGGACAUUGUGAAGCUUUGCGGGGAAGUGCCCAUUGAAGUUAUCAGGAAUCAUAAAGGUUACAGUGCUAAAGGACUUGAGCAGUUAACCCCAUCACGUGCAGCAGAUUCGACAUCUGCGAAAAGGUUUUUUCGAGGGCUCGAUACUUUCGACUUUGACAUGAUUCCUGGAGAAGGAUCUGGAGAUGAGGACUUAGAAUUCCGGCGGUAUGAGCUUCGUGUCUUCCCAGAAAGAUCGAUGGGAGCGUGGACUUUUGGAGGGGAUCUUUCUUCGCUGGCAAAGUACCUUCGUGGUUUCACUCGCGAAGAAAAUAGUGAAAACAAGCUGCUUGGGAAUGCAAAAGUUGCAGUGAAACGAUUCAAUCGCGACAAAGUUGUGAAAUUCGGCACAGCUGAAUUCGACCGUCGCACAAAAAACACAAUAUGGUUACGUCUGUCCAAACCGGUGAAUUAUAUUGAGGCAGACGACAUUCUUCAAGAGCUUUCUGAAAACAUGGAUAUCCGUCCUCCAAUUGCGCAAUUUCAACUCGAUAAGACCGGCCGUAUACUCCUUUUCUUUGUGCCCUUCGAGACAGGACUGGUGGCGAAUGAUGUACUAAAUAUGAUUCGCCAAAAUCCACAAUGGAUGAAGCAGAAUAAAGUGUCUCAGUACGGAAUCGGAAUGCCUGUUCUGACGGAACCGAUAGCGGCUCCACAAACGGUGGGGAAAAUUGAGCACCUCUCCGAGAUGGGCGAUUAUGCCGUAGGCGGUGCAGGCCGACGGCAGGGUAACAGGAGCACGGGUACUGGAGGGAGGCUCUCACGAGUCGGUUUUGUUGUUGUUGUGGUGGUGUGCUCCUUAGCGGUGCUAGUGGCGCUGCUGCUGGUUGCACACAUCCUUGUGCGCCGGCGCGAUCGUCUCAACGACUAUUUGGCAGGUCCUGUGGGAAAGGACCCCCGCAAGUCCUCUGAGAGGCCUCUUGUUCCGUUUGGCUCUCCCUCUGCUUCCCCUUCUGCCUCUGUUGCCACUGUCGCCGCAAGUGGUAGUCGAAAUGACUCCGUGGAAAAGCAGCACCAAGAAUCCCUUUCAUCCUGCUCCACAACUUCUCCACCCUAUCAGGAGACCCCUCAACAGGGCGAAAAACAGGGUAUGUUUCGGCGCCAAAUUGUAAGCACAGGAGGCUCUGAAGCCUCCACCGAAUCAAUGGCCAGUGUCCCCAGUCAUCGCACCACCCUACUGAGUAACAACUGGGGCAAUGAACCAGUUCCAAUGACCCUUGAUGUCAAAACAGGACACCUAAUUUUGUCCUACAUGGAGGAGCAUUUGCGAAAUCGUGAUCGUUUAGACGCCGACUGGGAAGAGGUAAGCACCUACGAAAGUGAGGAAGCUGUACCUUGUGAAUCCGCCAAAAGACCGGAAAACGCUCACAAAAAUCGUGAGGGAUGUCCCAUUCCUUAUGAACAAACGCGGGUGAUGCUCUCGUACCGUGGAAACGGUUACAUCAAUGCCAGUUUUAUGUACGAUCAUGAUCCGCGAAAUCCUUCGUACAUCGCGGCAGAAACACCGUUGCUAAACACGGUGAACGACUUUUGGCAAAUGGUGUGGGAACAGUUCGUUGUUGUUAUCGUCUGCCUCGAGCCUGAGUAUGCACUCACCCAGUUAUUUGAGGAUAUCCUCGAUAUCACUGGGCAGAAUGAUGACGUCAUCUCCCAGGCUCGCUAUUGAAAGGUGAAUAAGUCAUUUCGAGCGAAGAACAGUCCUGUGGUGGUUCACUGCAGCUGCAUAAUGUCUCUAUUAAAAUGUUUUCGAAUGAAAUUUGGGACCUCAUUGGGAAACCAAUUUAAAUCCAAACGUGAUCACUAUUUUCCUAUCUCUUCACUUACUUUCAUAUGUUGCAUGAUUGCUUUUGCAUUGGUUCAUUCGCCAUACUUCGGCGAUUUCAGGGAUGGUUCGAGCAAGACUGGAACCUAUUUGCUGUUGGAUCUUGUUCUCAGUCGAAUCAGUAAAGGUGUCAAGGAGUUGGAUGUAGCAGCUUCUCUUGAGCAUCUUCGAGAUCAGCGACAAGGCAUGAUCAAAUCAAAGGCUCAAUUUGAAUUUGUUCUUGCUGCGAUCGCUGAGGAGGUGAACACGAUGCUGAACUCCACCACCUCCUGA